AUGGGUUCCUUACUUAACUCGAGUGCCCCAGUUGCCGAAUUUGCGAGAAAGCACCUUGUCGAACGCCAGCUUGAAGAAGCAUCCGAUGUGCCCAAAGCUCCGAAGGACUUUCUGAAUCGUUUCAAAGAGGCCCACAACAAAGACCCGGACUUUAUCACUGAGCAACUUGUCCUGGAACUGACAGUAGCCAAUAUGUUUGCAGGAUCUGACACAACCGGGACUCAAGAUCACACUAAUUACAAACAAGCAGUCAGAGUCCGUCUACAGUCUAAAUUCGCGCCAGCUUGGCUUUCCCUGGCAGGAAUGACCUCUCACGUCAUCACUGCUGAGGGAUGUGCUGGGCUCUGUGCGGGUUUGAGUGCAGCCCUUCUCAGGCAAUUCACCUAUUCAACCAUCCGCUUCGGAGUCUAUGAAGAUCUUAAAUCACGCUUCAGUCGUGAUACUGGGAACUCACCUCAUUCUUCCGUGAUACGAAUCUCUCUAUCGGCUCUGUCGGGAUUCAUGGGAGGUGUGCUUGGGAACCCAGCCGACAUUGUCAAUGUGAGGAUGCAGUCUGAUAUGUCGAGACCAGUAGCAGAGCGAAGAAACUACAAACAUGCUAUUGACGGCAUAUUGCGCAUUGUUAAGACCGAGGGUUUAAGGUCUCUGUACCGUGGAGUAAGUGCCAAUGCCGUUCGCGCAUUUCUCAUGAACUCCUCGCAGCUGGCCUCCUACGAUGUGGCCAAGGUAUCAUACAUUAAGACACUCGGGAUGAAUGACGAUACUACAGCCCAAUCUGGUAGCUUCUUUCCUGGCGGGUAUUGUAGCGACAACUGUUUGUUCACCGGUGGACGUGGUCAAGACUCGCAUUAUGGGCUCGGCAAAGGGGGAGAGUGUAUGGCAGAUCUUGAAGCAUUCAACCAACUCUGA